GCUCCGUCCUCGACACCAGCACCGGCUCGUGCGCGUUGCCUCUCUCCACGACGCGUUGAGGACAAGAUGAACUUUGGCAGACUGCUGGCUGCCAACUCGGCGUGUCUGAGGGCUACGGGGCGCGGAGCAUUCGCUAGUGCCGGCCCGCGGUGCUUUUCGACGGCGUUCAACUCACAACGGCCAACAUGGCUCGUUGCAAGCCGUUUACCGCCCGCGUACCAAGCGCGCAACCUGUCGCUCUGGGGCUCGUCCAAGCCAGCACCAAAGCCUGAAGAGGCAGCCGCAGAGGCGCCAGAACCUGCGCUACCAAACACACCAGCAGAUGCGCAGACACCCGACGCGCUCCCUCCCACCUCGGCGACACCAGCGGACGCCGCCGCGAACGCGACCGUCACGCAGUCCGCACAGGACCCCGAGAUCGUCUACGCCACUCCUUUCGACCCCUCCGCCGUCUCCGACACCGCAUCCUCCGCCGCCUCCCAAGCCCUCGACGUCGCGACCACCGCCUCCACGCUCUCCCCCCUCAAAUGGGGCGACCUCACCGCAAUGGGCCUCACCGCCUGGUACACCCCCGCCGGCCUCGUCCGCUGGACGCUCCAGGUCUUCAACGUCACGCUCGGCCUCCCCUGGUUCUGGACGAUCGUCGUCGGCACGCUCCUCUGGCGCGUCUCUAUGUUCCCCUUCCACCUGCAGUCCAUCCGCAACGGGCAGAAGAUGCGCAAGGUCAACCCGGAGAUGCAGAAGAUCCGCGACGAGAUCAACGAGGCGAAGAAGACGCAGGACGUGCUCGCGCUGCAGCGCGGGAUCAUGAAGAUGCAGCAGCUGAACGCGAAGUACGAUGUGAACCCGUUGAAGCUUAUGGCGCCGGGCUUCAUCAACCUGCCGUUUACGCUCGGUCUGUUCUUUGGUGUCAAGCGGUUGUGUGAGGAGGUUCCCCAGUUGGCUGUUAGCGGUUUCUCGCUGCUCCCAGACUUGACUGUCACGGACCCGUACUGGAUUCUGCCCAUGUUCUCUGUCCUGUUGAUUCAGCUUCAGAUUCGGGCCUCUGCCGCCGAUGGUAGCAUCGACCUCACGACUUCUCCGGCCAUGCCCCACGUCAUGAACAUCAUGCGCCUGUUCUCCAUCGUCACCAUCCCUCUGCUCGCCAAGUUGCACAUCGGUGUCCUCGUCUCGCUCGUCACCCAGAGUUUGUUCAUGACCCUUCAGAGCACCCUCCUUCGCCUCCCCCGCAUCCGUCGUCGUCUCGGCCUCGAGCCCCUCGGCAAGGGCUUCCAGCUCCCAAGCAUGGUCGAAUCCGUCCGCUACGGGUUGAACUGGUUGAAGAGUGGCGGAAAGUGAUUUGUGGGCUUCGCAGGUUGCCCUACCAGUAGCUUAUCUAUUGACUAACCUAGACACUCACAAUAGUAAUACGACGACGCAUUGGGAUAGUCACGCCCGCCACUCAUC